UUUUUCUUGUUAAACAUUAAAUUAUGUAUUCUCCUAUGUACAUGUUUGUGCCGCAUUUCUAUCGUUGCAUGGGCUUUUCCUUUUUUUUUUUUUUUUUUUUUUUCUCUCUCUUUCUUUGUGUUGAAACUUUUUAAAUUUAGCAGGCAAGUGGUGAAGAAUGAGUACAAAGGCUGAUCAACAGACAAAGUCAGAUGGAGGAAUAAGGAAAAGAGUAUGUUCAUGCACGAAAGAUGAUUUUCUCCCCGAGGAAUCAUUUAAAAGCUGGGGAAAUUACGCAAAUGCGCUGAUACAAACGCCAACGAGGCUAAUAGAUAGAAUCCUGACACGUUCCGAAGAUGAGGAAGAGUUGGAGGCGAAGGCGCGGAGCCAGAAUGAAAUGAAGAAGACACUUACUUGGUGGGAUUUGAUAUGGUUUGGCAUGGGAGCUGUUAUUGGAGCUGGAAUAUUUGUUCUCACAGGUCUUGAAGCUAAUCAAGAAGCUGGCCCGGCUGUUGUUUUAUCCUAUGUUGUGUCUGGUGUCUCCGCUUUGCUCUCUGUGUUUUGCUACACGGAGUUUGCUGUCGAGAUUCCUGUAGCAGGUGGUUCAUUUGCCUACUUGAGGGUGGAGCUAGGCGACUUUGUUGCCUUCAUUGCUGCUGGUAAUAUACUUCUUGAAUAUGGUAUCGCUGGUGCUGCAGUAGCUCGUACAUGGACUUCCUAUUUUGCCACUCUACUAAACUUCGACUCGGACAAAUUCCUCAUCAAGGUGGAUAGUUUAGCAGACGGAUACAAUGAACUAGAUCCGAUUGCUGUUGGAGUUUGCAUCAUCAUCUGUAUAAUUGCAAUUCUUAGUACAAAGGGUUCAUCUCGUCUCAACUAUAUUGCCACAAUCGUUCACAUUUUCGUGAUCUUCUUCAUCAUCAUAUGUGGCCUAAUAAAGUCGGAUACCAAGAACUACUCCCAUUUUGCACCAUAUGGCGUUCGUGGGAUUUUUAAAGCUUCUGCAGUUCUGUUCUUUGCAUAUGUUGGUUUCGACGCUGUUUCCACUAUGGCUGAGGAAACUAAAAAUCCUGGCAGAGAUGUUCCAAUUGGACUAAUUGGUUCUAUGGUGAUCACUACUUUUUUGUACUGUUUACUAGCCAUUACUUUGUGCCUUAUGCAACCAUAUCAGAACAUCGAUACUAAGGCUCCAUUUUCCGUGGCGUUUAAAUCUGUGGGAUGGAAUUGGGCACAAUAUAUUGUGGCUGCAGGGGCAUUGAAAGGAAUGACAUCGGUUUUGCUAGUGGGCGCAGUUGGUCAAGCGCGUUAUCUAACUCAUAUUUCAAGAACUCACAUGAUGCCUCCAUGGUUUUCUCAAGUAAAUGCCAAGACAGGUACACCAGUCAAUGCCACGGCUGUCAUGUCAUGUGCUACUGCAAUCGUUGCCUUAUUCACGAAACUCGAUAUUCUGUCCAAUCUUCUCUCAAUUUCCACCCUCUUCAUCUUCAUGCUCGUGGCACUUGCUCUCCUCGUUCGACGUUACUAUGUUCGUGGGGAGACAACGAUUGCAAAUCGCAACAAGCUUAUCGCGUUUCUCUUGAUUAUUCUUGCAUCCUCCAUUGCCACAGCUACUUAUUGGGGACUAAGUAAACAUGGAUGGAUUGGCUAUUGCAUUACUGUGCCUAUUUGGUUACUAGCAACAAUUGGACUUUGGUAUUUUGUUCCUCAUGCUAGAAAUCCAAAGCUUUGGGGUGUACCACUAGUGCCAUGGUUACCAUCAGCUUCUAUUGCUAUUAACAUUUUCCUCUUAGGAUCAAUAGAUAAGGCUUCAUUCAUUAGGUUUGGUGCUUGGACUGGUUUUUUGUUGGUGUAUUACUUGUUUUUUGGGCUUCAUGCUUCUUAUGACACUGCAAAAGAGUUUGAAAAGGGUAGAGGGUGGAAGAAUAUUGAAGAAGGAAAUGGUGUAGAUAGCAAAGAUGUUCCUAGUGCUCCUAGGUAA